AGCGCUCCCCCUCUAGUUACCCGGAUGAAGAUUUGCUAUAUAAUAGAGACAAUUGAAGGCGGUAGUUGUAGUUCCAACCAAACAGUCGAUACUCGCUAACAAGAUUUUAACAUUUUUUGCUGCAUUUACAGACAUUAUUAGUGGAUUUUAACUAUGGCCGGUGGUAAGGCAGGUAAAGACUCCGGGAAGACCAAGACGAAGGCUAUUUCUCGCUCGCAGAGAGCAGGGCUGCAGUUCCCGGUGGGUCGUAUCCACAGACACCUCAAGUCAAGAACCACCAGCCACGGCAGAGUGGGAGCCACUGCAGCAGUGUACAGCGCGGCUAUCCUGGAGUACCUCACCGCCGAGGUUCUGGAGUUGGCAGGAAACGCAUCGAAGGAUCUUAAAGUGAAGCGUAUAACCCCACGCCACUUGCAGCUGGCCAUUAGAGGAGAUGAGGAGCUGGAUUCACUUAUCAAGGCCACUAUUGCUGGUGGAGGUGUGAUCCCUCACAUCCACAAGUCUCUGAUUGGAAAGAAGGGCCAGCAGAAGACCGUAUAACCUGAAGUGCUCUCUCUGGAUGUCGUGCCAUCUCAGGACGAAGUCUGCAUCAAGUGGUUAAAUGUCUUAGAUUAGAACACCUGUAGGAGUUGUUUGUAUGGUUGAGCUUGCAUUUACUCACCUGGGGUAUUUUUUAAAAGUGGCUUCAGAGAAGCUCAUUUUUUUGUCUUUUGGCUUUUUUUUCUGGUGCUGCAGUUUGUGUUGAAACUUUGCUUUUGUGGCGUUUGUUUGUUUAAAGUGGUGUUUUAAUAAAGCUCUUAUUGGGCAUUUUUGCAGUU